AUGGCCGCCGAGAAGCCCGAUAAGAAGGAGAAGAAGGACAAGAAGAGAAGCGACGAGUCCGGCGUCUCAAAGUCCAAGAAGGAGAAGAAGGAUAAGAAGGACAAGAAGGAGAAGCUCGCCGCCGCCCUUGAGGAGAAGCUCCAGCAGGAUGCCCCCGUCGCUGCCGCUGCUGCUGCCAACAUGGACGAGGAUUCUGAUGCUGAAGAGGAGAAGGCCGCUGAGCUGCCUCUUGAGCGCGUUGUCGUUCCUUUCGCCCUCCCCGUGGCGGAUGAGAAGGGCAUGAAGAAGGUUUAUAAGACCAUCCGAAAGGCCGCCAAGAACAACACCCUGAAGCGCGGUGUCAAGGAGGUCGUCAAGACUCUCCGAAAGUCUCCCCCUUCCGCCCCCGGCAACACCUCUUUCCCCGGCGUUGUCAUCAUCGCCGGCGACAUCUCUCCCAUGGACGUCAUCUCUCACCUCCCCGUGCUGUGCGAGGACCACAAUGUGCCCUUCAUCUUCGUCACGUCGCGCGCCGAGCUCGGCGCUGCCGCCAAGACCAAGCGCCCUACAUCUGUGGUCAUGAUCAUGGAGAAGGCCGAGGGCAAGAAGUCAAAGGACAAGUCCGCUGACAAGGACGGCGAGGAUGAUGGUGAGGCGUUCGGCGAGAGCUACGCGUCCCUCGUCAAGUACGUGCAGAAAGAGUAUGGCAAGCAGGCUUUCUGGGUCAAGGGUGGAACCAAGUACUAG